GCGCAGAGCGGAGGGAGGCGGCGGCUGCCACAGCUGUAGCCCAGCCAGCCAGCUCAGCGCCUGAGCGGCAGCAUGGCGGGGCUGCGCUACCCGCAGCAAGGCAGCUAUUGCCGCACAGCCACGGCCAUGAACCUCCUCUUCGGAGUCCUGCAGGUCCUCCUGCCCUGCUUUCGCCCGGGGGGAGCGCAGGGCCAAGUCAUUGAUCCCAUUCCCAAUGUGGUGGAGUUAUGGCAAGCAGAGGAAGGAGACCUCCUGAUGCCUGCUCAGGCUGAAUCAGAAGAAGAUGUAGAAGAACAUCCACAAGAGCAAAGCUUCUCUGCAAAAAUGCCUAACGGGAGGAUCCUCCAUUUUCACCCUUCAAUUCUCCAUUUUGGAAUGCAGUUACUGGGACUACCUAAAGCUAAAAUUCUAUAUGCUUACAACCCCAGUAAGGAUAGCGAAGUUAUAGUGAAUUCAGUGUUUACAACUUCUAGGCAUUUUCAUGUGUCUCCUGUUUAUGGCAGGGUGAUUCCAGCAAUGGGGAAAAUUUAUUUCAGAGUACUGUUUCUUCCAAUUGAAGAAGGCAGUUUUGAAAGUUCAUUAUUUAUAAAUACCUCAUCUCAUGGAGUGUUUUCAUAUCAGGUCUUUGGAAUGGGAACUUCAAGGACUGUUUCAGAAGAAUCUAGAAAGCAGCUAGCAAAUACUUACUUACUACUUCCGCAUAUCAACAGUAUCCAGAUCUCACAAACACUGGCAGAAGCUAAGAAUAUCAGUCAUGUAAAAGUUCGUCUUGAAUGCAGUUUGCAUAAUAAAUUGCACCAGCAUUUUAAGAAUUGCUGCUUUGUACCUGAUGGUCUGAUGCUGCUAGAAAUAAGCUUAAUGGUCCGAGUGGAAAGCAUGCAGCAUGAAUUUGUGGACCUUAGACAAUACAUACUGGAAAGCCUUUUUGUUGUUUAUGUAGCAGUGAACAAAACACAAACCUCAGAUAAUCAUCCAGUAAUCCUGUAUGUGUUGCAUUCAGGCACCAACCUUUUGUAUGUGCAGGAUGUGAAGCAUUUGUCACAGAAAGGAAUGUUUUCUGUGUUGUUUGAGCCAAUAAUGCUGCCAUCAUCAGCCACAAAUUUCACAAAAGUUGCUUCCAUUGUUUGUAAAGGUACACUGUGUGGACAUGAAAACAAUCAUGUUCCUAAUGACAGGAUGAAUCUGCUAGGCUGUGAUACCUCACAAAAAGCAUGCUUUCCCUAUGCUGCAGUGGAAAGGUACUAUGGCACUGAUCCAUUUAUAACAGCAUUUCACGUAGAACCACAUCACAGUAUUUCAGCAUCUUGGUCUAUAUGGUUUACAAACAAUUUUGAUUCGAAUAUAGUGCUAAAUGAUGUCUAUGUUGCAAGAGAAACAAAGGAUAUUUUAAAGGUUCUGAACUUCACUGAUCCUUUGACUCUACCUCCUGGCUGUUGGAAUGUAUUUUCUCUAAAACUCCAUAUCAAAGAACCUGUCAUAAGUCUAUUUUCCAGUGUUUUUGUGGCUACAAAUAUUGGAACAGUAUUCGAGAUACCACUGCAGAUUUAUUCUGCUUUAUCCCAGCUGGGAGUUUUUCAUUUUGAAGCCAUAAUACAUUAUGAUACAUACUGUUCCUUGAGAAUGUCUGAAACAGCCAAUCUUCUUUGGGAAAAGAGCCUUUCUCUGGACAGUUCAACAGGCAGUGUGGAUUCUGAUCUUGCCUAUGAACUUCAUGAAAAAUGGCAAAAAAUUAAGCAUAGUGAAAUGUGCAGGAGAAAUUUUGGGGAAGUUAUUCAUGUCGUUCAUCCAGAGAGUCCUGAAGAGGAAUCAUUUGCAUUCUCUCUGCCCCACUUGGUUACAGAGCUUGACCAUACAUUGAAUUUCAGUGCAGCUGCACCGAUGAAUAGCAUGGUAAAAUAUUUCACGCUAAGAAAUCCUUCAUCUUUCCCAGUUGUGUUACAACUUCUGCCUUUGUCAUAUUAUCCUGAUCCUGAAGCUUCACUGAGUCUUCUCAGCAAAUGGUUUGGCACAAAUGUACAGUCUCUUAAUUUCACAACCAAUGAAUUCAGAUUGACAGAAGAGUCUGCUCACAGGGAUGAACUGCAAAAAGAACACGAUUAUACCAUAUCUAGUUUUGAAAGGCUCCAUUUAAAAUUGCAACCGUCGGAAACAAGAAGAGUUGGUGUUGUCUUUACACCUACCGAUUACAGAAGAGUAACAUCUCUUAUACUUGUCAGGAAUAAUUUGACUGUUCUGGAUGUGGUCUAUGUAGAAGGCAUUGGAGCCAGAGAACUAUUGAAAGUUGGGGGAAGAUUGCCAGGGGCAGGAGGCUCUCUUAGAUUUAAGGUUCCAGAAUCUACCCUCUUGGACUGCAGGAGACAACUGAAAGACAGCAAGCAAAUUCUCUCUAUCACAAAGAGCUUCAAAGUUGAGAACAUUGGUCAUCUUCCUAUCACUAUAACAUCUAUGACUAUUAAUGGCUACAGCUGCCAAGGAUAUGGGUUUGAAGUACUGGAUUGCCAGGAUUUUUAUCUAGCACAAAACUCUUCACGAGAGAUCAGCAUUGUGUUUACUCCAGAUUUUACUUCUUCAUGGGUUAUUCGUGAGUUGACUCUUGUGACUGCUGGUGGUGUAGAAUUCCACUUUACCCUCAAUGUGACCCUUCCUCAUCAUCUCUUACCCCUGUGCGCAGAUGUAGUGCCAGGACCCAGCUGGGAAGAAUCCUUUUGGAGGUUCACGGUGCUCUUUGUCAGUCUAUCUCUGCUGGGUGUGGUUCUGAUUGCUUUCCAACAAGCACAAUACAUUCUAACAGAAUUCAUAAAGUCAAGACAGAGGCCAAACCCCAGUUCUUCUCCACUGCAAAACAGCAGUUCUGUGGACAUCAUCAGUUCUGAAUCGUACAAGAGUAGCUGUAAAACCUUUACAGAUACUUAUGGAUCGUCUGAUAAAGGAAAAGGAAAAGGCUCCCUUUCUGUGGGUAGCACAACCAGCCGAAGCCAGAAUGCUGCCAAGAGGAGUCCAGCAACAUACAGCCAUUCCCAGAAGAAACACAAGUGCUCUGUGUACUAUGGUAAACAAAAAUCAAACACAGCCAUUAGCAGCACCACUUUAACUACUGAUGACAAGCAGAACCAGCCUGUUGAAAAUCAGACUUCAGCACCAAAGGAGGACAUUUGCACUGUUAGUGAGAGCUGGUUAAACCUGAAAUAUGCAAGUAGCAUAAAUGUAAACAUGCAAAAGAAUUUGAUGCACCCAGGGAAUUUUCUAGACAAAGAAGAAAGUGCAUUGAAGAAUUCAACACUUCCUAAAAACACUUCUUCAGAGUGCAGUUUGAAGGAGGGCCUUCGAACAAGUAUGUUUCCUAAGGAAACGAACCUUAAGACUUCAGAAAAUAUAGUGGAGCUCAGAGAAUCUGAGCUGUGUCCCUUGAAGUCAUCAAAGAAGCUGUCUGAAAGUCGCUUCUCAAGACAUUCACCUCAGCAACAAUCAGAAUUCCAAGAAGUUUCCAGGAAAAAUAAUGGGACUAACCAGCAAGUGCCUCUCAGGAAUGAAACAGAAAACUGUGAGACUUUGAAAAAGCAAAUUAAUGCAAAGCCUUCCACAGAGAAGAUUAUAAAUAAAGGGUUUAAAGAUGAAUCAUCAUGCUGUGGAAAACAGGACAUUUCUUCUGCUGAGUCAGAAGUUGCUCAUCGGAAAAAUGGGUCUCAGGAGAAAAGAGAAGGAAAUUUACCAAAUACAAAUUGGAAUAGGAAUAGAACAAAUAGGAAAAACAAGAAGAAGCAUGUUAAUAUAUCUAUGCGGCUUCCUGAGCAGGCUGAGCUGAAGCAUGUAUGCAGUGAAUUUGAAAGACCUGAACUUCGAACUAACAUUAAUAUCAGAAACUGGUGCACUCAAAGCAAUGGCGAAAGUUGUAAAGUAGAUGAGAAAGCUAUUCUGUCUACACAGAGAGAAGCUGAAGGUUUCUAUCAGUGGCCCAAGCAGAAGUGCAUGGAUAGGUUUUGCUCGGAUUCAAGCUCUGACUGCGGAAGCUCUUCUGGGAGCGUGCGUGCCAGUCGAGGCAGUUGGGGCAGCUGGAGCAGCACCAGUAGCUCUGACGGUGAUAAGAAACCAGUGAUUCCCGGCAGACACUUCCUUCCUUCUCGGGAAAAUAUUCCAUGCAGUGAUUUUCCAGCUGAAACACCCAUCACUUUAAAUCUCUCUCACAACAUCUGCAACACCAGCAGAGAUGUGAAUAAUGUGUCCCAGUUUCCAGAGAAUCUGUGCCCCAACUUCGCUGACAUAACUGCAGAUCCAGACAAGAAUAAAGGUCUCUAUCCAGCUGGAGAUUUGUGGCCUCCGCCGCCCAUCUGCCUAGCAAACAGUGUAAACUACAGCCUUGAGAACAACAUACCAUGCAUGAUCCAGGAGAACUCUUCCGUACACAAUGGCUUCAUUGAUUGGAAUGCAUCCUGUGAGGGCCAGUUUACCAAUAUGUACUGUCCGGUACAAGUGAAUGAGUACAGCGCUUUUCCAGAAGAAAAUAUGAACUACCAUAAUGGCUUCCCAUGCACUGCAGAAGUUCAGAAUACAGCCUUCGUUGAUCACAACUGUCCAUCUACUUGGAGCACCCCACCUAACCUCCCUCCACCCUGGGAAUCAGCCAAUUAUGUCAACUCAACACCCUACCUCUCAAGCACCAGAAGUUUGUCGCCCAUGUCUGGACUGUUUGGUUCCAUCUGGGCCCCUCAGAGUGAUGUUUAUGAAAGCUGCUGCCCAGUCAGUGCCACCACUCAGCAUUCAACUCAGGUUGAAAACCAGGCGGUGAUGUGUAAGCAGGAAUACUACCCAAGAUUUAACCCAUUCCGUGCCUACAUGAACUUGGACAUAUGGACUUCAGCAGCCAACCGGAAUGCAAACUUCCCUCUUUCGAGGGACUCGGGUUAUUGUGGAAACAUAUGAAAAGGAAUCUGGUUUUUAAAAUGUGAAGUAAAGAUGCUUUCAGUUUUGAUUAUAGAAUAAGCUGGUUGUUGAACUAGAAUUCAAUGUUGGUGGAUAU